CCGCUAUUGUUCGUAGUCUCUGGUUUACUGUUGUUUGUUUGUUUCUUGUUAUAUCUGCGGUCUCUCGACUUCCAGCUUGUUCUCGUCUCGCUGAACUUCUCCACUACGCGUCUGCUCAUCGCGUGGCCAUGACUUCCUCCCUCGGUUACCGCGACGUCGAGUCCUGGUCCCGCCAGGUCGUCGCCCCGGCCCCUUCGCUCUCCCUCCGCAGAGUAGGAACCGCGACCUCGACCGCCUCCUCCUCCUGCCGCUCCCGUCCUCAGUCAUCCUCCUCCGCCGCGACCUCUCCCGUGCUCUCCAUCUCCAACGACCGCCAGUCCUCUUUCCACAUAGCCGCCGCCCAGUCCCCGAUAUCCUCGCCCCGUCCGUCGCUAGACGUCCAGCUCUCGGGUUCUUGCCCUCGCUCGCGCUCGCUGCCUACUCCAACAUCCCAACUCCCUUGUGUCUUUGCUGAUUCAAAGCAUUCACCACAACUCGACCCCUUCUCACCCUCACCCUCUGCCUCUGCGUCCGCGGCAGCUACUGCCGCCGGCGCGCUCGCCGUCGCUGCCAUCUCCGCCAUCGCGUCCUCGUCGAUCUCCAACAACGACAAUAACGCGCUCAUUGCUGACCACCCGCUGACAUACCCGCACCGCUCUCUCUCCUACUCACAGCCUCCCCGCGACAGUAUAGACGAGACCUCCGAGGAAGGUCUCGAGUCUCUUGACGACGAAGAGGAGGACGACGAGGAUUUGUCGGUCGCGGAGGGUAGCAGCGGUAAUCCUGCGCGCCAUCGUCAUCAUCAUCAUCGCCAUCAUCAUCAUCACCACCACCACCCGCACCACCGUCAUCAUCACCAUCAAUCACGUUCCCGUCGACGUCAAUACCCUCUUGAAGACGUUGACUCUCCAACAGACCGACCACAGCUCUCUUUACAGACCAAUCUCGACGACGAGGACGACGACUACGACGAUCUAUCCUCCGACCGCCCGAUAUCCCCGCUCAGCAUACCCGCCCACCGCUCUCUAUCCUACACACAGAGAGAUACAUACGCUCCUGCUGAACUCGGCCUUGCUCCUCUCGAUCAAACCGAGGAACUCAACGACGACGACGGCGUGUCAGAACAUUCGGGCGCGGUUAGCAGAGUACUGUCAAACACCUCAAACACAGGCAGCGUAGUCCACGCCGUCGCGCGGUCGCCUACUGCCCCAGCCGAGCAGGUGCACCAUCACCAUCAUCUGAACUUGCUGCACUUGCACUCGUUGCAACUGCACUCGUCAGGCAAUAGUGCGGAGAACGAGCCAUCGCCGACGGCGGAGACAGUGCCGGAGAAAAAUAUACAAAAAACAGCAAGUGCGAGAGAUAACCAGGGCAAGCGAAGGAGUCGGAUCGAGAGCGCAGGGUGCUGUGUCAUUUGCUAAAUAGUUCGGAGAGUGUGUAAUGUGUAUAGCAAACUGUGUAUCAUAUCUGUUGGUUUGCGAGUUGGUUGGAUCUCCCUCUUUUUUUAUUUAGAUUUUUACUUUUGUAUAUUUGUAUGUCCAGCCAGUCACGACCCCUUUGUACAUAUCCCGAAUAGACGGCACAUAUUUCAAUUCAUUUCGCAUGCAUAAGCAGCUUAUAACGAUGCUGUAUGUGGUUAAAUCAACGAGCA